GCUGUUGUAUUGUAGAGCACUGAAGCUGAAUGAUAUUCAGAGGCGUUCGCAAUGUGACUGGCAGGAGUAAUGUCCAGUUCCUAUGUAGAUGGGGGUGUGUUUCUAUUGCGUAUACCUGAAGGUGAUGAUAGACAGAACUGGGGAACUACUAGGACUGAAGGAUACGUACUGGCAAACCACUGGUCCAAUAGAAAUCGAAGGCAUUUUAGUUAUGUCGUAGGUUUGCCCAAUAAAAUUGGUCAUGAGGGAGGGCCUAAGACCGGGUGGGUAGCAACAGUUGCCCUGGUGAGGACGAGGCGCCAUAGUCACGGUAGUCCUGGCGACAAGAACCCAGCAACGAGAAUCAACAACAACAACCUGAACCAUUAAGAGGAAAAAACUCAACGACAAACUAAGAAAAUUCCUUUGGAACCCCAGAGGUGAACCAUAACAGCUUUAAAGUGUGGGGCUUCAACAACUGUCGACAUGGCAACUCCAGCGUAUGUGGAGGACCUUCGGCAGCCCUCCCAACCACAGGGUGGCAGUGUCAAUGUGGCAACCGCAUCACCCGCCACUCCACAGUUCCUGUCAGAGGUUCAGGCGUCUCCUGGUUCUGCUACACAUGGGUCUGGGCCCACUCCUCAGGUUGUUCAAGCCCCACCCACAGCCUCUUCAAAUGCUACCCAGAAGUCGGCCAUUUUGGCCUCCACCACACCAGUUAGCACGGCACAGACCCAGUAUGUCACGGCGGAGAUUCAGAGCCCGGGCAUUCAGUCCAGUAAUGGCCAGAACACGCCACAGUAUAUUGUGGUGACUGUAACUGAGGGCUCCCUGCACUCUAAUGACUCUGUCUCGGACUCCAGCCCUCCUCCCUCUGUGGUGCAGACAGGUGUGCCCACUCAGGUAGUGCAGCAGGUGCAGGCGGCUCAGGUGCAGCAACAAAUCCAGCAGGGUUCCGUACCGCAUGUGUACUCCAGUCAGGUUCAGUAUGUGGAGGGGAGAGAGGCCAACUACAGCGGGACCAUACGCUCAGGGAGUUACCCGUACUCAGAGACCUCUCUGUACUCUCAGGCCACGCCCACAUGCUCCUACUACGAGACUCCAUCCGCUGGCUCUCAGAUUGUGACCAAUAGCGGCGGUGGGACGGGCUCUGGCGUAACCGUGGCGACCGCUGGGAGCUCGAGCAGCUCAGGUGGGGCAGGAGCGGAGGGCAGCGGAGGAAGUUACGUCAUUCAGGGCGGGUACAUGCUGGGGGGAGGGAGCAACAGCAAUCAGGGAUACUCACACACCACCCGCGCCUCGCCAGCCACCGUGGAGUGGCUGUUAGAUAACUAUGAGACUGCAGAGGGGGUGAGUCUGCCCCGCUCCACUCUCUACUGCCACUACCUGCUGCACUGCCAGGAGGCCAAACUGGAGCCGGUCAACGCCGCCUCCUUUGGCAAACUCAUCAGAUCUGUGUUCAUGGGCCUGAGGACACGACGCCUGGGCACACGGGGCAACUCAAAGUACCACUACUAUGGCCUUCGGAUCAAGGCUGGUUCCCAUCUGAUCCGGUUGAUGGAAGAUCAACAGCACCUGGCAAUGAGACAGCAGCCUUUUACCCACAAACAAAGGAUCAAGCCCGUGCAGAAGGUGGAGGGGAUGACCAAUGGGCUCACUCUGGGGGGAGUGCCACUGCAGUCAGGGGGUCUGUCUGACAUCAGCGCCCAGGUGCAGCAGUACCAGCAGUUCUUGGAUGCAACCCGUACGCUUCCGGAGUUCCCCGUCAUUGAGCUGCAAGCCAAAGUGCUGGCCAAUGGGAUCUCUGUUGAGAACAUUGCAGCCUAUCAGCAGCUGUACCGGGAGCACUGUGAGGCCAUCCUGGACGUGAUGGUGAACCUGCAGUUCCCCCUGGUGGAGACUCUGUGGAAGAGCUUCUGGAGGUUCAGCGAGAGCCAGACCACCGAGGCCAGUGACUCUGCCAGCGUGUAUGAGGAGUCAGAGAAGCGUCUGCCUAAGUCAGCCCUGGUGCUGCUGUGUAAGUACGAGCCCGUGCUGAACUGGAGCCGAGACUGUGACAACAUCCUGUACCAGGGUCUGGUGGAGGUCCUCAUCCCAGACGUGCUGCGGCCCAUCCCCAGUGCCUUAACUCAAGCCAUUCGCAACUUUGGCAAAAGUGUGGAGAGCUGGAUCACCAAUGCCAUGAUGAACAUCCCAGAGGAGAUGGUCCGCAUCAAGGUGACGUGUGCGGGCGCGUUCGCUCAGACGCUGCGCAGGUACACCUCCCUCAACCACCUGGCCCAGGCGGCCCGCGCGGUCCUGCAGAACACGGCGCAGAUCAACCAGAUGCUCUCGGACCUCAACCGGGUGGACUUUGCCAACGUACAGGAGCAGGCCUCGUGGGUGUGUCGCUGUGAGGACCACAUAGUGCAGAGACUGGAGCAGGACUUCAAGCUCACGCUGCAGCAGCAGAACUCUCUGGAACAGUGGGCUGCCUGGCUGGAUAGUGUGGUCUCCCAGGUCCUAAAGCCCUACCAGUUGAGCCCAGCCUUUCCUAAAGCUGCCAAGCAGUUCCUGCUGAAGUGGUCUUUCUAUAGCUCUAUGGUGAUCCGAGACCUGACCCUGCGCAGUGCAGCCAGCUUCGGCUCCUUCCACCUGAUCAGACUCCUGUAUGACGAGUACAUGUACUAUCUGAUCGAGCACAGGGUGGCCCAGGCCAAAGGAGAGACCCCCAUCGCCGUCAUGGGAGAGUUCUCAACUCUGAACCGCAGUCUUAACACACUGGAUCCAGAUAAAGAAGAAGAGGAGGAGGAGGAAGAGGAGAGUGAUGAAGAGUGUCAGGAGCUUUCUUCUCACCCUGCUGACACGAGUCUGGCUCUCGAGCCCCCUGCCAAACUGGCCCGCACCGAUUCCAGUGUUCUCUGAUCACAGAUGCAAACACACACACACACACCCACACACCGAGACACACACAUUUGGACACAUUCAGUCCCAAUCAUCCACACUCACAGGAUGUGUGAACGCCCAGCCCUGCCAGGUUUGUGUCUCCCAUCACUGUGCGUGCAAUCAAAAACAUGUGGGUUUGCUUCUAUCACCUUGUGCUAUCUGAAGCUCAAGUUUCCCUGCCUCUAGAAUCCCUCGCCUUCAUUCACUGUGACGGAGCUACACACACCAUUAUUUGCCUUCUUCAUGAUUUACCACCUCAUUCCCAAAUGCCAUUCACAAGUCCCCCACCUAUGCCUUAUCAAAAACCUCUCUGCCUGAAACCAGUCGGUAGUCCAGCAGAUUACAACUGGAAGAGUGACUUGACGAGUGGAAACUUGUAGAUUCUUUUUUAUAAUCUACCAAGUCCGCAUCUCGAGUGCCAAGCAUGUGAUUGAAACUGGGCAUGUACCAGCCUGGUUUCCUUUUUUUGUUUUGUUUGAUGUGUUUGUCUCCUUUGGACUGGAGAGUCCCAUCUGUAGUGAUGUGACAUAUCAUCAUUCAGUUCUGUUCCUGUGCCACUGCCGUCGGUAGGCCUUAAAUUAGCCUUUUCUCUUGAGGUUUGUUUUCAUUUUCAAUUUUCAUCAGAACAUUUCUUUUGUGUUCUUUCCUUGGCCAGCUGAGAUUGUAUGUUUUAUUUCAAAGUGUUGCAAUGCAAAUAAAUGAAAUGUAUAAACCAAGCAUUUUGCCAAAAUGUUUUACAAUUCUAGGUCAAAGCAUAACAGAAUAGUUUGGUUGAUGCCAUACCUUUAUCAUAUGUGGAGGUCUGAGUUCAGACAUCCUUAAGC